AUGAUCGGCAUGGAUAAGAUCAAAGUCGUCAACGAGGAGUUCAAUGCGAAACUCCCUACCAAUAUGAGGGGCCUUCCAGGAUAUUCCGAUCUUGAUCUGUCGUCCCCGCCCGACGAAGUUUCUUUCAUUCACUUCACUGCCAACGAAACUAUGGAGGGCUUGGAGUAUCUCGACGACAGUUUGGCGAGUGCUUUGAAGGAUUCAGGCCGCAAUGUUGUUAUUGAUAUGACCAGCACGCUCUUGUCGAGACCAGUUAAUGUUGAAAAUUACGGAGUUAUUUACGCAUCGGGCGGCAAGAAUCUCGGUCCAGCAGGAGUGUGCCUUGCGAUAGUCAGAGACGACUUGAUUCGACCGGGACAACCACCGUAUGUUUGCCCGUCGUUUAUGGACUACUACGUGCAGUCGACUUCAACGCCGCUGUGUAGUUUGUACAACACUCCCCCGACGUUUGCCAUUUAUAUGGUGAACCUGGUCCUUGGGUACUAUCAGAGGACCUUUGGUGAGAGAGCAACGCUGGCUAAUAUAGAGCAGAAAGCUAUGUAG